AUUUUCAAUAAGUGCAGCAGUGCUUGUCAUUUCUUUUCCUAUUUCCUUCUCACUGUGUGCAAUAGUAAUAUAUUAUGACCUCUCACACGGGGUGGUGACUGCGGAGUGCACUUAUCAUGUUCUUGCUAUUACCCAGUAAUGCACCAAAACUUAGCGGUCGCUACUUUACUGAGCGCCAUUUUGAUCGCGAAGUGAAACAUUAAAUGAAAUUUACGAGGUUUCUGUCUGGUAAGACGCUUUUAUAGUGCCAUUUCCUGGCCUUGCCACUGUUCUGCUAUGGUUACAUUUCCGAGUGAAGACUGUAAUAGUUUUGCUGCCAAUCAACUUGGAACACCAAUUGCAUAGCAGAGAUGGCCGACGAUCGAACAGAGGAUCCUACGUUGCUAACUAAGUUGGAAGGGGUAAAGAUAUUUGACAAGCCAUCGAGGGAAAUGAUUGGUCCAUCAAAGGUUAAAGAGACAAUGGGACAAAGGAUAUCACUGCAUCAACAGAAAAAAACGUCUGGUUCAUCCCAGGUCAAAGAGCCGACAGAAGUAAACCUACGAGGCCAGGCACCGAUACAAUUAAAGUUUCCAAAUGAGUUAAUUGACGCCAUUCACGACACACGGAGACUGCAUGUUUUUACCAGUGACCACUCGUACUUGUAUCAUACUCGCCGUGGAAAAAUCGGUCGCAACCCAAGGCUUGAAGAAUAUACUACCAAGAUCUCUGGUAUUAAAUAUGGAAUGGAAUUACGUAUGUCUUGGACUGUGGAUGGAACUUGGAUAAUAUUUAAACAUGAAUCACCACUACAUCUCCAAGAAAUGAUCUCUGCAUUGGUUCCAUUGUGUCAAGCAGUGGAACAUAUUACUAUUGCCUAUCAUUUCGAUGAGUAUAUUCAUGCACAUGGAUCAAUGCCUUUCAUUCCAAUGAAAUCAGUCCUCACUUUAUGCCUCCACAUAAGAUACUUGAAGGCAACACUCCAAGAUAUGUUACUGACUGUAAGUAAUUGUUUUCCAAAUGCAAAGAGUCUGGCGCUGGAUGGCGUAAGAGUUUUACGCUACUACAGCACAGAUGUGUCUCCCUCUAACGUCCCUACUCACAGACUCCACUCCGACACGCCGCUGUCUUCAUUGAGAAGAUUAGAAAUACGUACCGAAUAUGUCUCAGAUACUCUUGGCACCCUCUUUCUCUCCAUUUCUUCUUCCUGUCAAAACAUUGAAUCACUCACCGUCGAAAGCUAUAAAACUCUCAAAUGGGAGAAGUCAAGCACAGCCAUGAAAUCAUGCAAAUUACCUAAUCUGACUGAUAUCCAUCUUAAAUCUCAUUGGUCUCACGAGCACUACGCACUUCAAUUGAUAACAGACUUUCUACAUGUAGGUCGUGCGAUGAGUCCUAGUUUGAAGUUUGUCAAAGUAGAAAGUGUACGGCUAAGAGAUGUAGUAAUGGAGAGUGUUGAAUGGUCCCGAACAUCUUCAGAGUGUGGGUUGCAAAUUAAAGGUGCAUUAGCGGAAAGUGUAGAGCUCCUACUGGACAAAUUUUUAUACUUUGGUUUGUCACCAAUAGCCGAAUUGCGAAAGUCAGUAGCUGCACCAAUAACUGAGUUAAUUGAUCUUACAACUAGUGACUUUAAAGAGGUUACUGUCCUUACACUUGUCAGUUGCAAGAUUGAUUUCGGUCAGUCUGAAAGUAAGUCCCUGCAAAGCCCGAAGGAACUUGGUACUCUGCGGGAAAUCAGGUUCGUUGGUUCAGAAAACCCACUUUCCGAAUCUGACAAGAACAAACUUUCGGAGUUGUAUCCUAAUGUCAAAUUGACUGAAAAACAGGAGAGUCAGGAGUCAUCUGAAGAAUCUCAGGAGGGUGAAGGGAUACCUUCCAAGUUGGACAAAGCCUCCUCUCAAUCACUCAAGACAUCUGCCAUAGACAAACUUGCUGAGAUAAAGGUUGAAUGUCAUAAAGACACAGGCUCACAGAACCCUGAAGGUGGAGAAGAAGAAAUAUCAUGGCAAGAAAAGGAAGAGGAAUUUGACGUCAACAAAGGAAGCCUGUCAAAUGAAUCAGUACCCGAUGAAGGAGAUGUCGAAACAACCAAGAAAGAGUGCUGCAAGAGAGUUGGAGCUGAUGGGGGCAAACUUCAGCUAAAAUCCUUUGGGAUUGAACUUGAGAUACCUCCUGGUGCAAUCGACAGCAAAGAGCCACAGGAAAUCUCUCUUCGUGUCCUGACCGAUACUCCUAAUCUUGGUGACACCAAAGAGGAGAUGUCAGUCUGCUUCAGUGUACAGACCUUAGCUCCUAGUGACUUAGUGCUGAGGUUACCGGUGACUUACACAAUACCUCAUUGCGCUGUUGCAGCACGGUACUCCAGUUUAGAGGCAGUCCUAUACACAGGAGAGGGGGAAUAUACAUCGGAUGCUGAAGUCAAUGAACGAAUCCUACUUACAAGGUCAGGAAUACCAAACUGUAUCAUCGAGAAAGAUGUUCUAAGACUGCAGAUGGAUCAUUUCUCUUGGUUUAGCUUGAGAUUGAUCAAGAGUUUGCUCUUCAGAGGGAAACAAAUGUGUUGUUUGCCAUUUACCGAGAAGCCUCCACCAGAGAGAAAGGUGCCCGUCAUUUUACGCGUACAUCUCUAUGAUGACAUCAAAGGGAAAGAAGAGGUAUCAAUUCUUCCGAAAAACGUCAUUUCUAAAUAUUUGACGGUUGGAAUCUUUGCAAAACAAACUUAAAAAUCAAUUAUGACAACUGACAAUGGGUCUCAUAUAUAUUGUUUCAGCUAGAUUUAGAUUUUUUAGAUUUAGAUUUAGAUUUAUUUCAUUUCUUUUCUUUCCAUCUUUCACAUACAAGUCAAAAAUACAUACAUACAAUUACAAAAAUGAACAAAAGUAACGACCUUACAUUUGCCAAAAAUUGGGUAAUGUAAAUUAUACGAAAAAAAUACAAUACUUAUAUCAUCAUUUUAUAGAACUUAACAUUCUUAAAAGCAUGAGUAUUCUUGUGUAUGUUAAAAAAGAAGGGGUGAAAUGAAAAGAGAGACCAGCUGGGAAGCUUGGCUUAUUGGACGCUGAUCUCUCGAAUACGUAAAAAAUGUAAAUAACGUAAUAUAAUGUGAACUUGGUAAAUGAUCUUUCGAAUCAAAGGAACGUAAAUAGUAGGAAAAUCGCUGAAAGUGUGAAAGAUAAAUGCAUGGUCAUGGAUGAU